AUGCUGAUAUUGACAUUGAAGAAGACAGAUGGUUUGAUCUUGAAGACCUUCCUAGCACUUCGGCCAAUCCAAAGCCACCAGAUAGGGUUUACAAUUAGUGUUCGCAAGUUCAGUUCAGUCCGGUUUUUUGCCCCGAAAACGCGCAACCGUGGACCGCAACCGGUCUAGGACCGACCCAAAUAUUGAGGGAACCGAACCGAACCACCUACGACCGGUCUAUUUCGGUCUAUGGAGCCGGUUCAGACCGAUCCAGACCGGUUUUUUUGCGUAUAAUUUAUUAUACCAAUAUAAACCAUUUGUAUCUUGACUAUUAUUACUCUAAAAAAUAAAUGGGUUAUAUGAAAUAGUAAAGCAUGUAAAUACCCGUCAUUCUACCAAUUUUGAAGAGAUUUAAUGAAUAUUUGACAUA